UUUAGCAGUCCACUCUAAAUGCAUUUUCCUUUCCCACCCACCUCUAUUCUAUCAGCGAACAACAAGAGUGAAGUGAAGAAGAUCAGAAUACUAUAGAAUAGAAAAAAAUAGAGUUGUAAGAAAUUAGGGUUUGAGUAGAGAAAUGUUUGGAACAGCGAUUAGAAAUGUAGCUAAGAAACUGAAACCUAAGAUGGGAGCUGUUACGCUGAAAACACCGCCGGAACAAAGACAAACAAUAACAAGGACUCUCUUUGAUAUUGUUAAGGAACAUGGUCCAAUUACUGUUUCUAAUACCUGGGAACGUGUUAAGGAAGUUGGAUUGAAAGAUUUGACAAGCAAGAAUCACAUGAAAGUAGUUUUGAGAUGGAUGAGGGAGAGACAGAAGCUUCGUCUUGUUUGCAACCAUGUAGGAGCUCAUAAACAAUUCCUCUAUACCACUUGGUUUACCAAACCAGGUACUACUGCUCAAGCUACAGCUACAACGACAACAACAAUGGGAAACAUUCCUCCAAAGAAAAAGCCAGUACGAUCUUGAAAAUUUUAUCACCAUUAGCCAAGACUCGAGAGGAUGGGAAGAAUAAUGGAAGACUAUAGUAUAAUUUUAGUGUCACUAAUGAGGAAUUUGAAUAUUGGUUCAUAUGGUUGGUUCAGUUAAAUUUGAUCUUCCUGAUUGUGUUGCAUCUGUUCCUAUGUUCUUCAUUAAUGCAAAACUAGUUGAUUACUACUAUAGCACUAUGUAUUGGUGCUUUGGCCAAUUGUUUUUUCUUAUUGUUAGCAUUAGGUAUUGGCUUAUUCUCUCUGCCUAGUUAUUUGAAAAGUAGGAAUGGCAUGUUUGGAAGCUUCAGUUUUAAA